AUGACGGAUGAAACGUGCGAUGACAAGCUACUUCGGCAGGCGCUCGGCGCAGUAGCGCGAGUUCGCAGUCCUCCGGCGGCGGCGGCGACGACGAGCCGUACCACUCACGCGCCGACAUCUCCUCCCUCUUCAACGCCUCCGGUCACCACCAGCAGCCGGCGUCGAUGCACCACCACCCAGCAGCAGCAGCAGCAGCAGCAUCAUCAUCAUCAGCUGAUGUUCGACCCGUCUUCGGUGCUGUCCAACUACUUCGACCCGUUGACCCGGUCAGCCCCACCGGCGAGCCCCAGCCCGCUGCUGAACCUGGACGCCGCUUGGCCCCGGAGCCCCAGGCCCGACCACGGCUGCGCCGAUCUGGGCGGCGUCCCGCAGCAGCAGUCGCCCUUUCUGGGCUUCGGCAGGGGGCCGCCGUCCGGCGGCGGCGGCGGCGGCGGCGUGGCCCCGGUCCAGUUCCCUCUGGCUCAGGAGGGCUCGAAGGCGGUGCAAGGGCAGGCCGCGGCGGGCCCUCCGUCGGCCGGCGACAACAACGGCAACGGCGCCGGGAACGCCAACGCCCCUGCGCGGAACCAGAAGAAGAGGUCGAGGGCGUCGCGGAGGGCGCCGACGACGGUGCUGACGACCGACACGACCAACUUCCGGGCCAUGGUCCAGGAGUUCACCGGGAUCCCGGCGCCGCCGUUCGCGUCGUCGCCGUUCCAGAGGAGCCGUCUCGAUCUCUUCGGGACGGCACUGCGAUCGGGCCACCUCGACGCGUCCUCGUCGCCGUCGCCGCCGUAUCUCCUGAGGCCGUUCGCCCAGCGGUUCAAUCAUCACCCUCCUCCGACCACUUCGUCGGCCCCGUCGUUCCUGGGUCCUUCGGGCAUGAUCGACGCCUUGGCUUCUUCUUCUCCGUCGGCGGCGACAACUACUAACACCAACAACGACAACGUCACUUCUGGUAACAAUUCCGCGACCACCAACGCUAGCACUACUACUAAUAAUGCAGCUCCUCCAUUGCCAUUUGGCCUCUUGAAGCAUCCGCAGAACCUGCUCAUCAACAUGAACACCCAAAACCCGAUUCUUGAUUUCGGAAACUCCCUCUUCCAAGCCUCUCUCAAGUACCCCAACCUGCCCGGACCCUCCGCAAUCGACGGCGCGGCCGCCGAUCAUCAUCCUCACCCGAAUCUCCGAAUGGGGGCUUUGGAGGACUUCGGCUUGAGCCACACCACGAGCAUUCGGCCGUCUUCGACCGAGAGAACCCUGGCGGAGAACAACGACACGGGCGCGGCGGCGACGAGCUGGAGCGACAGAGGAGUCGGGGACCGCGGCGAUCACCAUCAAGGAUUAUUGAGCUCUCUUGGUGGCGGCGGCGGCGGCGGCAAUUACGGCAACGACGAAGAUCAUCCUCGGAGGUCGAACGGCGGGAGGGUUUUCGCCUACUCGGGCAACGACAAUUCCUCGGCCACGGACCGUUACCACGGCGAUAGAGGCCCGGAGGCCGCCGCCAUCAGCACAAGGAGCGAAGGUAUGGUUGAGUCGUGGAUUUGUUCGUCGGAUUAA